AUGAACGAAUUGCUUGACAAGGAGAUCUCCGUUUGUACCAACAUUGCCGCAAAUUUGGUGGAAUCGACUCUCAUCUCAUCGUCCUAUCUUUUGGCAGGAACGAAUGCUUUGACCAUGCUCCAUAUCAUUGAACUUGUAGGGAUGACUGUACCACUUGACGAAGUUGCAACCUUCUUGCCACCUUUUGUGGUGGUAAUGAUGUUGUCCUUCACGACUGCGAUGUUUUUGGGGCGUGAAGACACCGGCAAGAACUUCACCGAUCAACUCUAUUCUAGGGUGAAUGGUGCCGGAAUCACUACGUUCAGGGAUAAAAAUGAACUGAAAAGGGGAUCAAAAAUCUCGUCCAAGCUUUUUGAAGCUAUUCAUGGAUCCAAUGUUUUCUUGGUUGUUUUCUCCAAGAACUACGCAACUUCCAAAUGGUGUCUAGAUGAACUUGUGGAGAUAAUGAAACGCAAAAACAAUUUCCUCUUUGUGUGGAAACAAACUGGAAGCUUUGAGGAAGCAUUUGUCAAACACCAAAAGGUGGACAUAAACAAGGUGUCAAGUUGGAGGGAAGCUUUGGCUGAUGCAGGGGAAUUAUCUGGGUGGGAUUUAGAUGCCACUAACGGGCAUGAAGGAGAGCUCAUCAAGAAAAUUGUUGAACAAAUUUUGAGUAUAAUGAAUCACACCUACUUACAUGUAGCCAACCACCUAGUUGGAAUCGAUACUCGUAUGGAUUACAUAAAUUCUCUGUUGAGCGUUGAAAUUCCUGAUGUCCUCAUAGUGGGUAUAUAUGGGAUGGGCGGAAUAGGGAAGACAACCCUUGCAAAAGCUGUUUUUAACCAUUCCUUCCAUAGUUUUGAAAGCAAAAGUUUUCUGGCAAACAUCAGACAGAAUUCAAUGCAGAAUGAAAUAAUUAUUCAUUUGCAAGAGCAGUUUCUUUCCGAAAUACUACAGAUAGAUGCCAGAAAAGUGCGCAAUGUUGAUCAAGAAAUCAAUGUGAUAAAAGAUAGGUUGUGCAAUAGAAGGGUUCUUCUUGUUCUUGAUGAUGUGGAUCAACUAGAACAACUAAUUGCAUUCAGUUGCCAAUCAGACAGUGUCAGAAAAGAAUGCUUUGGUCCCGGAAGUAGAAUCAUCAUAGCAACGAGGCACCUGCAUUUGCUAGCACGCAUUGAGGUAAAUAGAAAUUAUAUGGUUGAAGAAUUGGAUGCCGAUGAAUCUCUUAAGCUCUUUAGUUUGCAUGCCUUCGAGAGAACUGGUCCUUUGGAAGGUUAUGUUCAGCUCUCAAAAGAUGUAGCAGGUUACUGCAAUGGAUUGCCCUUAGCCCUUGAAGUUUUGGGUUCAUGUCUAAGAGAGUUCAGAAGCAUAGCUGAAUGGGAAUAUACAUUGGAGAAAUUGAGAAAAAAUCCUCAUGCUAAAAUUCAAGAGAAGCUUAUAAUCAGCUUCGACGCAUUGGAUGAUUAUGAAAAGGAGAUAUUCCUUGAUAUUGCAUGUUUUUUUAUUGGAAGAGAUGAAUACGACGUCACAACAAUACUAGAAGGUUGUGGUUUUUACGCAACAAGCGGUAUUGGUGUCCUCACUCGUAGAUGCCUUUUAAUGAUAAACAAAGGCAAGCUUAUGAUGCUGAGAGACAUGGGAAGGAAAAUUGUUUACCAAAAAUCUGUUAAAAAUCCUGGACAACGUAGCAGAUUGUGGCAUUGGGAAGAUGCUCUUGAAGUCGGAACAGACCAAAUUGAAGGCCUCGCCUUAAAUACGGUUGGACCAAAUAAAGUUGUUUUGAGUGGUGAAGCAUUUGCGGGGAUGCACAAACUAAGAUUGCUACAACUGAAGAAUGUAAACGUCACUGGAGGCUAUGAACAUCUUCCUAAAAAUUUGAGAUGGCUAUUAAAAGGAAAAGACACAGAGAUUUUCCUAGAAAGUUCUGAAGCUGGUGAGCACCGCCGCAAGCCCAACGUCGAGCGUCGCUUCAUCCGCCGACCUCCCCAUUCUGAGCUCGACGCCGCCUCCAUCAAAGUCGAGCUAACUGUCGCGAGUUCACCGUCACAGCUCGCUGCUCACUGCCCUAAGCUCUCCACAGCCGAGCCAACAGCCAAGCUCUCCACAGCCAGCUGA